CAAAUAAUCCCGGUUUUAUGAUAAUCAAGAUGAUUUUGAAACCAGCAGCAAUUUUGAUUAUAAAAGCGCUACCAAAUUAAGCAAUCAGUAUCAGAAGCAAUCUAGUAUUCCAGUAAAAUAGAUAUCACUGCCAACAAAUCAACAAAAAUGUUCAAAUACGUACUCCUCGUCGCUUUCGUCGCCUACGCCUCAGCUGCCGCUGUCAGCAGCAGAUCCGACGAUGCUAACGCCCAGGUCAGUGUACAGACCAAUAAAGUCCGUGUCGAUGGUUUCGACUCCGAACUGGAGACCAGCAACAGCAUCCAUGUUGUGGAACAUGGUGACGCCGAAGGUAACAUCAACGGCGAAUACGGUUGGGAUUCACCCGAAGGCGACCACGUCCUCAUUACCUUUGUGGCCGAUGCCAGCGGUUAUCACCCAAAGAGCGAGCUCUUGCCCACACCACCACCAACACCAGAGGGCAUCCUCAAGGCUCUCGCAUACAUUGAAGCUCACCCCUCAAAGGAAUCCAAGAACUAAGCGCAGCACUUUGAAUUCGAAUGGAUGAUUUUGGAAUGACGAUUUUGAUUACGAACUAGAACUUGAACAUGAUUUUCAUGGCAAUAUGAUAAAGCGCUAAACAUUACUUUGGCUCCACUCAUUGAGCUUAAUGAAACUUUUACGCCUUUUUCAUAUUGCCGACGUUUUCAGUUUUAAAUUUUUUAAUUUUUUAUUUUGUAAAUAUGUGUGUGUUAAAUGCAAAUAAAAUACUCCAGCAUACUGGUAAACUAA